CCAAGCCCUACCGUGACCCCUCAUUGUUUUCUAAUUCAUGGCCCGUUUUUCCUUAACAGCAGUACACAGUAAAACAUGUACUGAGUGAAUGUGACCUGUGUUUGGCUGCAGAUUUGCCCAGCAAUGAGGCAAUGGGUUGGCUACACUAGACAUUGAGUGUGUAAUGAAAUAUGCCUACAAAGGACCCUGUGCUUUGGAUGAGGAACAGGAGGUGCUCUGGAGGGUGGAAGAACGUCUACUAAAAUACAAACUUUCUAGACUAGGGCCCUGGCUGCUGGGCUGGAAGGGCAGAGACUAUGCUGUCUGAGUCAUUUGAUCUAAGACACCCAGUAGGGAAGCUGUUAAUAUUCUGAGGCCCAGCUGGGUGGCCCUAGCCAAUGGAAAGGCCUAUCAAUCAGGAGUACCAGCAGCAGGUAGCUUUCAGGUGCUUUUUGACAUUCUCCUCUGCUUCUUCUGUAGGGAGUUGUAAGGAAGACCACAAGCCAUGCCAUGAAUACAGUGACCUAUGAUGAUGUGCAUGUUGACUUCACUUGGGAAGAGUGGACUUUGUUGGAUCCAUCUCAGAAGACUCUCUACAAAGAUGUGAUGGUGGAGACCUACAGUAACCUCACUGCUAUAGGAUACAGUUGGGAAGACCAUAAUAUUGAAAAACACCAUCAAAAUUCUAGAAGACAUGAAAGGCAUGAAAGAAGCCAUACUGAAGAGGAACCUUCUAUAUAUACUCAAUGUGUUAAAGUCUUUGCAUACGACAGUCAUCUUCAUAGGCAUGGAAGAACACAUACUGGAGAGAAACCAUAUGAAUGUAAUCAGUGUGGAAAAGCCUUUGUAUGUUCCAGUAGUCUUCAAAGACAUAAAACAACACAUACUGGACAGAAACCCUAUGAAUGUAAUGAAUGUUGUAAAGCCUUUGGACAAAAACGUCAUCUUCAAAGACAUAAAAAAACACAUACUGGAGAGAAACCCUAUGAAUGUAAUCAAUGUGGUAAAGCCUUUGGACAAAAAGAGUAUCUUCAAAUGCAUAAAAGAACACAUACUGGAGAGAAACCCUAUAACUGUAAUCACUGUGGUAAAGCGUUAGCUACAAAGAAAAAUCUCCAAUUACAUAUAAGAACCCAUACUGGAGAGAGACCUUAUGAAUGUAAUGUAUGUGGUAAAGCCUUUACACAACAGGGUUAUCUUCAAAUGCAUAAAAGAACACAUACUGGAGAGAAACCUUAUGAAUGUAAUCUUUGUGGUAAAGCCUUUGCAUUUCCCAAUAACUUCCAAAUGCAUAUAAAAACACACACUGGAGAAAAACCUUAUCAAUGUAAUCAAUGUGGUAAAGCCUUUGUACAACAGGGUGGUCUUCAAAUUCAUAAAAGAACCCAUACUGGAGAGAAACCCUAUGAAUGUAAUCUAUGUGGUAGAGCAUUCUCUACACAGAAAAUUCUCAAAUUACAUACAAGAACCCAUACUGGAGAGAAGCCUUAUGAAUGUAAUCUGUGUGGUAAAACCGUCUCUACACAGAGUAGUCUCCAAGCACAUAGAAGAACCCAUACUGGAGAGAAACCCUAUGAAUGUAAUCAAUGUGGCAAAGCCUUUGCAUUACGUAGUAGUCUCCAAGGACAUAGAAAAACACAUACUGGAGAGAAACCGUAUGAAUGUAAUCAGUGCGGUAAAGCCUUUGCAUUUCACAAUAAACUCCGAAUACAUGAAAGAACACACACUGGAGAGAAACCUUAUGGAUGUAAUCAAUGUAGUAAAACCUUUUCUUCACAGAGAAGUCUGCAAGCACAUAGAAGAUCACAUACUGGAGAGAAACCAUAUGAAUGUAAUCAGUGUGGUAAAGACUUUGUCUAUGCUAGUAGUCUUCGAAAACAUUUGAAAAAACCAUACUGCAAAGAAACCCGAUAAAUAUAGUCAGUGUUGUAAAGUUUGCAUUUUACACAGAAAUAAACCUUUUGUGUGCAAUCAAUGCAUUAAAGCCUUUGCAUAGUACAACAGUAUUUGGGGACCUGAAAAAAAAAAUACUGGGGAAUUCUUAAUAUGAAGUAUUUGUUUAGAUGUUUAGUCAACACACUUACAUUCAGUUAUACAACAGUAUUCUGUAGAAAAAAAUCGACAGUGUCAACAAUCUGUUCAAGUUUUAUGAUAAUCCAUUUUAAUAUUGUCUGCACCUGCAAACUCAUGGAAAAAAUAAAUUUGUGAAUUUAUGAAGCCCUAUGUGUAGGGUAAAAGGGCCAGCCAAAGAAACAGAUCCUAACGCUGAAACCAGAGCCAAAGAAAAACAUGAGUAGCAUGAAACCAACCAAUCCUUGAGCAGGAAAGUCAACCAAUCCCUAACAUGAAAUCCAGCCAAUCUCUAAGAUUGUCCGAGCUCAGAGUUUGUAAUGAGACCAAUUCCCACCCUGAAAAUUUUUUCAGUGGAAAAACUCCACCCCUAAGAAUCCCUAUAGUCAUGUGCAUGUUCAGUUGGUAGCUGCUCUUUCCCACCACUCUCCUGGAUUCUCCCCUCCCCAAUAAAUAUCUUGAAUGAGUUUUGUGUGAAAAGCUCUUUUCUCCAUCAUGGAGCAUAGUCUCUACCGGGAAACUUCCUAGUGGAGCCCAGCAGAGAAGCAAUAGAAUACCCUUAGUUGUGUGAAGCACAGAGGUAAAAAUUUAGGCCAGC